GUUUGUACGGGGGACGCUCGCGAGUUCCUCGCCUAUGUUUUUGCUUACCGUGUACGAUCGGCCACUCUCGGCGUGUGCGUGUGUUUGAUCCCCUAUCAUGUGGUGAUGCUGCGAUGGCGUUGCGAGGGUUGUUGCUAAAGGAAACCCAUCUUCCUUCCGCAAACACCUACCCUUCCUCCAUUUUGAACAUAAUUCGCUCUGGUGGAGCAACGCGCCGACUACAAUUCUCUUUCUCUCCUCACUGUGGUUUAAUGCUCGGGAAGAUGCACCCCUAUCAUCAUCCCCAACCCUCCACCGCAGGGGUGAGUCUACGUACACAAAAAAAUCGCGAGUGAGAGAGUGUGUGUGUGAGAAAGAGAGAGAGAAAGCGCGAGAUAAAGAGAGGGAGAGAGAGAGCAGUGGCAGCACUCCGUCGAAAAGCGGUUCACUCGCGUUCUCGCGUGCACGGAGCAGAAGCAACGCAUCUCCCGUGGGAAACGGAUCGUUUUUGAUCGUUUGGCGCGCGCGUUUACCUCGGCUGAGCCGCCGGGGAAUCGGUUCGAGUCUAGGUGUCGAGUGGAAAAGUUAAAGAAAGAAAGGAAGAAAAAAGUUCAAAAUUAUCGUGUGUCUACACGUUGUUUGCGUUGCUGUGUAACCGUAUGUACGUGCGCAAUUCGGUUCAAGUGUGUGCAGUGUGUGCGUCCACGUAUCUAGCAAUUACGUCAGCAACAUUGUUCUUGUACGUGUGCGUGCGUGUGUGUGUUUGUUUGUGAAGUCAGUUUUGCAAGUGUUUCUGGUUUAGCAGUGUUGUUCUUUUUAUAAUUCGCCAAAAAAAAAACGCACACACACACAGCCGGAAGCUGUGACUUGGUGUUUGGGGUGUGAGUUCCUGUACGAUCACUGUAUGAUCACGCGCCAGAUUGUGCGCGCCCGUGUAUGUGUGUGUGUUAAAGUACGUGUGUAAUACGCGGAAAAGUGCAACGAAAACGCAACGAUCUGGUGAAAAUAUAACCUGCUGCAAAAAUAAAAAAUAUUUACCACAAACGUAAAGUGUUGACAUCCUUGAAUUUGAGGAGUUAUUUUUUAGUCGAUGUCUGAGGCAGUGUUCUAACAAAUCACACAAAUAAAUGUGUCCGCGGUGUGUGCAGCGUGUGUGGUGCGCAAUUAUUCAAUCUGUUUGAUCUUGAGUGGUUGCAAGUGUGCAUAACAACAGCAACAAAAUAUCACAAAACGAAGAUUUUAGCAUUUAAGUUCAGCUCCUGUUCGUGGUGUGCACGCGAAGGAAAGGCUUUCAGCAAGCGGGUGCACGGAGAAAACGGGCAGUGCACAGCAGGGUAGGGGAUCGGCGAAACGAAAAAAAAAGAAAACGUAAUAAUAUUCCACAAAUCAGCCAAGUGCCACGUAUCAGCGUCAAUUCUCGCGUUCUCGGCGAUCAGCAAAUUGUGUUCUUCCUUCUUAGAGAAAACGUCAGUGGAGCCCGGCUCAUAACGGCAGUGGAGGAAGCAAAACCGAAGAGUGUACGAAAAAAUGGCGAUGAGCUAGCGUGUGCUUGCGGCGCGUUCACAACAGCAGACGAAAGCGAAGAUUUGACAGAAGAGCAAAAGUGAAACACAUUCCCCGCCCGAUCGUCCGUUUGGGCACAUUUGAAGCCCCCAACCGCGGUGACCAAGUGCAAGUGAAUAUUUCGUGGCUAAGAUACGCAACGAUCGGUGGCGGCUCGGUAAAGUAUUUGCUGGCAUUUCCAUCCCGGUUUCUCCCACGGCAUUCUGGCACCAAGGGGAGUACGUCCCCGCCCCAACACGUUAGCCCCCUCGCUUCGUUGCAACCCUUCGUCACGAAACCGGCACCCCACAGGACGACGAUUUCACGUUCAAGGCGAAGCGCGAAACUAUUCUAAGUUCGGCCUUCGAACACAUGCCGGUGUUCGAAAUCGGUUGGAGUCGCGCUGAUCGGCCCCAUUCGAGGGGGCCAUGACGCGUUGGCCCGUCCUACUGCUUGCACUGCUCUCGGUGGCGUUCGGUCAUGUCCCGGCCGUGGUGGCCCUGAAUUCCGGCCCGAAUGGCGCCGGUAUCGGUCCCACGCCGAGCGGCGGUUCCGGCGGCUCCGGGAGCCCGAGCGUCCCCGAAGCGUCUGCAUCCUCGGCCCUACCGCUCUAUCAUGACCCGUAUCAACCACAGUCGUUGCUGCUUCAGCAUCAAUCAUCCACCCAGCAGCAGCAGCAGCAGCAGCAAACGCACUCGUCCGGCUCGUACAUUACGAAGAUGCCGGAGAACUCACCGCACCAGAAGUUCCGCAACAAUCGGACGGUGCUGACGCUCGGCUAUCUGACCGCGGUCAAGGGUGAUCUGAUCGAGAAGCAGGGCCUCACCAUCUCGGGCGCCCUCACGAUGGCCCUGGACGAGAUCAACAACGAUCCGGAGCUGCUGCCGAACGUGACGCUCGCCCUGCGCUGGAACGAUACGCGCGGCGAAACGGUUGUCGCCACACGUGUCAUCACCGAGAUGAUUUGUGAUGGUGUGGCCGCAUUCUUCGGACCAGAGGGUACCUGCCAGACCGAAGCGAUCGUUUCACAGAGUCGCGAUAUACCAAUGAUCUCGUAUAGAUGUUCCGAGCUGCAACGCAGCUCACCAAUUCCUACCUUCGCCCGAACCGAGCCACCCGAUACUCAGGUUACCAAAUCCAUCAUCUCCCUGCUGACCUACUACGGCUGGCGCAAGUUCUCCAUCAUCCACGAGCAGCUGUGGAAGAACGUAGCGACCUCGCUCGAAGCGCAAGCCACCCGCAACAACCUGUCCGUCAACCACGUCGAGAUGGUGUUCGACAACUACAAGUGCUGCCAGGACGAUAUGGACUGCUGCCGUAGUGGAUAUUGGUACACGGUCAUACAGAAAACGAUGAACAGGACCCGCAUCUACGUGUUUCUCGGCAACAGCAAUCAGCUCGUUGACAUGAUGGCCACCAUGGACGGUAUGCAGCUCUUUGCCAAAGGCGAAUAUCUCGUAAUAUCCGCCGACAUGAUGACUUAUUCGCAGAAAUUGUCGAACAAGUAUCUGUGGCGGGUGGAGAAGCCACCGAACGUGCGAAACUGCAUGGACCUGCCGGGAAACUUUGAGCGGCGUAGCAAAAGCUUGCUGAUGGUUGUCGCCUCCGAACCAUUGCCCACGUUCGAAGCGUUCACGAACAAAGUGCGCGAGUACACCCAGAAGGAACCGUUUUUCUUCAAGCAACCGUCGCUGUUCCAUCAGUUUGUGAAGUACGUGUCAAUUUAUGCCGCCUAUCUGUACGAUUCGGUGAAGCUGUACGCCUGGGCACUGGAUAAGCUGCUGAAGGAGGAACAACAGCACCGGCCGUUGACGAGCGACGUGAUCCGGGACGUGGCCAGCAACGGUACCAAGAUCAUUCAAACCAUCAUCAACAACCGAACGUACCACAGUGUUGCUGGUGCGACAAUUAAGAUCGAUGAAUAUGGCGAUUCGGAGGGUAACUUUUCCGUGCUGGCACUUAAGCGAGAGUUUUACGAGGAGGCCAACUUUUCCUGCAUAUACCAGAUGCGUCCGGUUGCACACUUUCAGAUGCGGCAACCACAACAACUGAACGACACGAACCAGCAUCGAAACGAUGAAAUUCCAGAGUUUAAACUGUCCAAGGUUGGGAAUGCGAUCGACUGGCCCGGAUCGGACCGACCGAUGGAUGAGCCGUCCUGUGGCUUUAUGAACGAGCACUGCAUGAAAGAUGACACCCAUAUCAUGUCGAUGGUGGUGGCGGGUGUCCUCGCACUGAUACUCUUCUGUGCGGGCGUCAUCACGAUGAGCAUCUAUCGCAAAUGGAAAAUCGAGCUCGAAAUCGAGGGUUUGCUGUGGAAGAUCGAUCCGGGCGACAUCAAGGGGUACUUCAACACGGAAAUUGUGUCCUCACCGAGCAAGCUCAGUCUGGCCAGCGCCCAAUCGUUCGGAUCGCGGUGCUCGAACCAGGUGUUCACGCCCACCGCCCGCUUCCGGAGUGUGGUGGUGCGCAUCAAGGAGCUAAAGUUUUCCCGCCGCAAGGACAUCUCGCGCGAAAUCAUGAAGGAGAUGCGACUGCUGCGCGACCUCCGGCACGAUAACAUCAAUAGCUUCAUCGGGGCUUGCGUGGAGCCGAUGCGGAUAUUACUAGUCACUGAUUAUUGUGCCAAGGGAAGCCUGUACGAUAUCAUCGAGAACGAGGAUAUCAAGCUAGAUGAUUUAUUUAUUGCAUCACUGGUGCAUGAUUUAAUUAAGGCAAUGAUCUACAUUCACAGUUCAGCUUUAAACUAUCACGGUAAUUUGAAAUCGUCCAACUGUGUCGUGACGUCGCGCUGGAUGCUGCAGGUGACGGACUUUGGUUUGCACGAUCUUCGUCACUGUGCGGAGAAUGAAUCGAUCGGUGAACAUCAGCACUAUCGAAAUCUGUUCUGGAAAUCACCGGAGCUGCUGCGUCAACCGAACGCUUACGGUAGCCAGAAGGGGGACGUGUAUGCGUUCGCGAUCAUACUGUUCGAAAUCAUUGGCCGCAGGGGUCCGUUCGGGUACACCGAGCUGGAACCGAAGGAAAUCAUCGAUCGGGUGAAAGCGUUACCCGAACCGGGCAAGGAACCGUUCCGGCCCGACAUCGACAGCGUGAUCGAGAACGAAAACGUGUCCGACUAUGUGAUCAACUGCAUACGUGACUGCUGGGACGAAAAUGCCGAUCUGCGGCCAGACUUUCCCAACAUUAGGAAUCGGUUAAAGCGUAUGCGUGGCGGAAAGUCGAAAAACAUCAUGGACCAGAUGAUGGAAAUGAUGGAGAAGUACGCAAACAACCUGGAGGAGAUCGUGCAGGACCGGACGCGGUUGCUGUGCGAGGAGAAGCGCAAGACGGAGGAUCUGCUGCACCGCAUGCUGCCCCAACCGGUGGCAGAGAAACUGACCAAAGGGCUCGGCGUCGAGCCAGUAUCGUAUGAUUCGGUGACGAUCUACUUCAGUGACAUUGUUGGUUUUACAGCGAUGUCGGCCGAAAGCACACCGUUGCAGGUCGUCAACUUCCUGAACGAUCUGUACACGGUGUUCGAUCGCAUCAUCAAGGGUUACGACGUGUACAAGGUGGAAACGAUCGGUGACGCGUACAUGGUGGUAUCCGGAUUGCCCAUCACGAAUGGAAACCGGCACGUCGGUGAGAUCGCUUCGAUGGCGCUGGAGCUGCUGCAAGCGGUACGCAGCCAUCGGAUCGCACAUCGGCCUAAUGAAACGCUAAAACUGCGUAUCGGCAUCCAUACGGGGCCGGUCGUGGCAGGUGUGGUCGGUCUUACAAUGCCGCGCUAUUGCCUGUUCGGUGACACCGUCAACACGGCGUCACGCAUGGAAUCGAACGGGGAGGCGCUCAAGAUACACAUCUCGCAGCAGUGCAAGGAUGCGCUGGACACGCUGGGCGGAUACGUGAUCAUCGAGCGGGGUCUGAUCGCGAUGAAGGGUAAGGGCGAAGUGAUGACGUACUGGCUCGAGGCGGCAACGGAACAAGCCAUCCAAAAGAUACCGGUGGACGUGCGGGAUCUUCCCCCACCACUGUUCUGUCGACCGCGGCGCAGCCCAAAGAUGACGUACGAUUCGCGCCAUCCGAGCAUCAUCGGACUGCCGGGUGGUGGCAUGUUCAGCAACAUCAGCGGGAUGGGUAGCUACAUGCCGGGCAGCAGACGUCAAUCGUGCGCCCAUCGGGUCGGUGUCGGUGGUGGGGCGGAUCACGAAAGCAGCUACAGUCUGCAGGGAUCCAUGUUCGGACCGAUGGUGCCGUUGCGUGCCGAUUCUCCGCCUCUCCGCCGACCGGAUCGGGUCGGGCGCGAAGAUUCGAUCCCGCUGGACGAUGCGGAUGACGAUUCGCAGUGUACGCUGGAUCAACGGCCGACCGUAACGAACGCACCGACAACAACCACAGCGCUCGGCGGCAGCAAAAUUGCCUCCAGCGACAACCUGAAGCGCGCGUUGUUUGGCAACAGUCCUGGUAAACGGUUGAGUCACAAACUGCGCUCGAUUACGUCCGCCGACGAUUACAAGCAGCUCUGCAGCAACAUGCCGGCCAAUGGGGGCCGAUCGCCGGAAGCGGCACUUUUGCGCGAGAGCCGCUCGCUCGAUCCCUUCCCUGUCACGAUCGAGCCACGGCGCAAGCGGCUGGACGCACUGGCCAAACGCGUGCCGCGGCUGGGGAAAACGAUUGCCGCACCGUCUCGCACCGGUUCGCAGACGUUCGCACCGGCCCCGACAGUUGUGUCCACGAUCAGCCACGAAUCGAUUGUAGACUCCGUCCGGGGCCAGCACGACGAUCAGCUGCAGCUCGGGUCGGGCAAACUGACCGUCCUUGGCAACGUAAAGUGUCGCGUGCCGGACCCAAACAACAGCCACAGCGAGGCGGCAUACCACAAAUAUCUGCACAACAACAACUGCAACGGUUCGAUCGGCAAUGGGGCAGCGGAAGAGCAGGCCACCUGUCCGCUGCUCACGCGCCAGACAUCGCUCACGACCCCGCAGGAGCACGACUGUCCCGGGCUGUACACGAACAACAGCAGCAGCAAGCGCUGGUACUCGCUCGAGCAUGUCGGCGUGCCGGAUGAGGACAGCUGUAGCAAAAAGUCGCUGACGCGCAGCUCGAUCAAAUCGUGGCUGGUCGGCUUCAUACACGGCAAUGGGUUUAAAUCGAGCGACAGUUCGUUGCGCAAGGUGGGCGUCCUGCCGGUCGGUGUCGGUGGUGUUACCGGGUUUGGCGAGUUGCAACCAACGCCGGAAAAGGAAAGCAUGGUUUGAGGCGUGAUCUUUUCGCUUCACCACAUUCCUGAUCACCCCCCCCCUUCCCCCCAGUCAAAUCCAUCCAUCUUGAAGGCAACAACAUUCAAAGAAGACGCUACAAUAUAGUACAUUGCCUCUUUCAACCCCAGCACCCCUACCCCCCCCCCCAGCCAUGGAGGAUCUGUUUUAAACCGGCUUACCAAACCAUGAUGCCGCCCGAGCGGGCGGGGCCACAAUCUGAGAAGAUUUCGCAAAUGCGCGUUUCCGUGCAUAAUCCUUGCGAUGUUCGUGUAUCGAUGUUUUACAUUUUAUUUUAAAAGUUUUGUUUGUUUGUUUGUUUGUUUGUUUUCCUCAUGUAUUUUAGCCUGAUUGUAAUCUGAGUGCCAUGCGUUUUGCAAAACGGAACAGUGUGUAAUAGGAGUGCGUAACAGACAGAUGGGGGUGUGUAUGCAAGAGUGGAAUGGACCUCUUCUGGAUCCAAACGUGCGUGCGUGCGUGUGUGUGUGAGUGUGUGCGUAUGUGUGCGAACAUAAAUGGCGAAUGUAUGAAUAAGUAAGCACGCGUAGAUGUGUGCGCUUUUAUGGUAAAGCCAUAGCGAAUCAACUGUACCUUUUUUAUGUAUCUUCCAUUCACAUAAUUUUUAAUCGGUAUGAUAUAAAAUGAACAUUCAUACGCAUUGUAUCACCUCGCCCGGGUGAGCUACGCAGAGGGGGAAUGUCGGGGUGAGCAAGGGUGGAAAAAUCAUUAAUUACGCACCAAACCAAUUAAAACUAUUACGACUCGUUUCCAACGAUUUCAAGCACAGUGCAAAAUCGGAUUGUGCAUCAUACUAAUGAUGCAAAUCGGACGGGACGGGUAGAAGAUAGAUAGCGAAGCGAUUUCAUUGAGACCAGACCGGUGCAGGUACUGCAGGAAUGGGUUUGGGGAAAGUAGAUAGCACACAAGUGAAUGAAGGCAAAAUGGAGAGAUAAAGGGAAAUAAAUGGAAAGCAAACAGCGCAGAAGAAAAAAACGAUGGAAAUGAGAGGAAAAAAAAAUACAACUAGGCUGUGAAAAUAGAAGUUAAUCAAUUAAGAAUGUUUGUCGUUUCUUUCUGGCACCGGGGACCGGGCUUUAGUCGCGCGCCGAUUGAAGGAUGAAUCACCAGAGACACGACGGUUGCUUGGGGGUUGCGAAAUAAGAGUUUCAACUGCAUUAUGCUUUAGGCUAGCGGGAAUGUUUAGAAGUUCUUCGUCUAACAGUUCGUCUAACUCGUUGCUGGUGGCCACAUCAGGGAAAUUCGGUACAGCACGGUAAACAUUCGUGGCAGAUUUUGUUUUCGUUUCGUUCGAAACAAACUGUCUGUCGAGGGGGAGCAGGUGUGUUGGCCGUGGGUGAGCUUAAACUAUACUUCAUGUGAUUGUGAUUUGGGUGUAUGAUCUGGUGGCGCCACAACUAGUCGUCCCCCCUUAUCGGUGUCUCUGUGUAUAUGUGUGUGUGCGUGAGCGUCUGUGUGUAUCGUCGAUGUACAUGUGCCUGUAUGUAGAUGUAUAUGUAUAUUUGAUCGUAUUGUUUGCUUAUCCGGCCUGGCAACCGUUUCCCGUUUCUCUCUCCCUUGAAGAAGCAGGUACCGCUGCGUACCGCUGCGUUGUGCUUGGUUUUAUGACUUUUCGUGCAAAAUGUACUUUAAAUGAUGUAUGUAAAAUAUGUGUCAAGGAUACACGCCCACACACACACACACACAAAGCGUGUGCAGCAUCCACGCACGCACACAGGCGAGUGUUCACGCAACGACAUGAACGAUCACCAAGCGCGUAUUUCCCGUAAAGGUGUGAAUUGUAAGCGAGAUCAGAGCGUUUGUAUAGCAACAAUACAAAAACAAAUACACACACACACAUCUUCACCUAUAGAAAGCAACAAUUAAAAAUGAGCAUAAGAGCAUACGUGUAAUAUUCGUCGUUUAGGUAAAUUGUAAUUGAAAUGCCUUGUGUGCUGGGCCAGGGUUUCGUCCAGGGUGUGAAAUGCUAAGGGUUAAUGCCGCGCAGCACGAUUCAAAGUUACCGUCAUUAGUAGAAGAAGUUAUUGUUUUACGAAGCAUACAACGAAACUACAAAGUGUGACACAACAGAAAUACACUAAAGUAAUAUGCAAACCAGUGUGGGACGUAGUUCAGAAAACAACAACCAGUUACUGCUUUGAUACGCAAGCUCCGUAUAGUGCAACGCACAGAGAGAGAGAGAUAUCGAUAACAUAACAUUUACGAUAUGAAUCUCGUUACCGGCCGUGUAGUAGCUGUUUGGUUCGCUUCAAUUUCUUCUGCAACACAGAAACAACAGUUCACCGUUGAAACGAACGUUCCCAGCGAUCAAACGGUCGUUACCUUGUAGAACAAUAUAUUUACAGAUUGAAGAAAAAAAAAAGAACUGUUGAAAGAAAAAGCUGUCAGUAAAGCCAAGCAUAUUACACACAAUGUAACGCGCGCGCGUGUGUAACAU